UCACAAACCAUUAAUAUUCACUCAAUCUCCACAUCCACUUCACUUACUAGUCCUAUCAGAACACCUUCUUAAUUUACUUUCAUUAUCUAAAAGUGUUCAUAUCAUGGGUAUUCGUUUGCUAUCUAUGAUUUCUGGUGUCAAGCAAUUCCACAAAUUGCAUUCUGUUGUUACUCGUAAUCAAAUAUCAGAUGUGCCGAAAGGACAUUUAGCAGUUUACGUGGGAGAAACUGAUAAAAAGAAGCGAUACGUGGUUCCAAUUGCAUACUUGAAUCACACUUCGUUCCAAGAAUUGCUUAAGAAAGCAGAAGAAGAGUUCGGAUUUCAACAUCCAACGGGUGGUCUCACAAUACCCUGCAACGAAGAUGCAUUUUUUCAUGUCACUUCUCGAUUGAACACUUGUUUGUGAUAUGCAGCAGGAUUAUUCUAUAGACUAGAUUAGCUAGAGCUUAUUUAUAGAAUUUUGAAGCUUCUCUUCGAUUUCAAUUUUUUUUUCCUCUUGCCAAGCAAGAGCUGUAAACUUAAUUAUAGACAAUGCCU